AUGCAAUUCUCGAUACGCGCCUUCGCCAUCCUGCUGGCGCUGCCUGCUGCUGUGCGGGCCGUCUUCGAAGAUGAAGUCAACCACAUAGACUACCACCACGAGCUGCUUGGAGUCCCGCAGCGCGAGACCACCUUCUUCCACCGGCCGAGACCCGACGACAAGGCUAGCUUGCUCUACACUCUGAGCGAUUUGGGCGUGCUUGGCGCCGUCAACCCCAGUACUGGCUCCAUCGUCUGGCGACAGCUACUGCAGAACAACAUUACCAGCCAAGGCGGGCACCUGAGAGCGGCCGCCGAUGCGAAAUGGGUCGCCAGUGCUCUGGGAAGCUCUGUGCAGGCGUGGGAUGCUCUCACCGGACGCAAUAUCUGGUCACUAGACUUUGACGGCCAGGUCAAAGACCUUGAGGUCAUGGAGUUGACUGAGAAUGGCCGAAAGGAUACUCUGGCCCUGUACCAAGAGCAGGGUGCCACAGUAGCGCGACGAAUCCAUGGGAGCGAAGGUCGCGUGGUUUGGGAGUUCCGAGCUGUCAACGACGACAUCCCGCUCCAAGUCAGCACGAAUUCGGAAAAGGUCUUCGUCGUGAGCCUUCAUGGCUCCUUCCUGUCAUAUGGCCUGAAGGUCACGGUCCUGGACCCCCUGACUGGCAAGAAGCUGGAUGAAAUCACCAUUGGAACCAAGGGAGAGGUCCAGAAGGAGCAGGAUGUUAUGUUCGUGGGAGCUAACUCGGCUGCACCUGUCGUCGCUUGGACGGACAAUGCCAUGACGAAGCUCAAGGUCAAUGUUCUGGGAACCAAGGGCAAGACCGAGUUUCCUCUGCUCGCUGACACAAGAACCGUCGAGAUUCACGCUCCGCAUCACGUCCAGUCCCAGCCCCAUUUCCUGGUUCAGAGCCGAACGAAAACCGCCAACAAGGCAGACGUUUUCCACGUUGACCUAAAGAGCAACGCCAUCACCAAGGCCUACGACCUACCGCUACUAGACGGUGAGAGUGCUUUCUCAACCAGCACCGCCGGUUCUAAUGUCUACUUCACUCGUGUUACGCCCGACGAGGUCCUCAUCGUGGCCUCGACGUCGCACGGAGUCCUGGGCCGAUGGCCUUUGAAGGGGGCUGAUGCUAAAACCGAAGCCCUGCACGCUGUUUCCGAAGUUGUCAAGAAGAGUGAGGAUAGCUUUGCUGUCCGAUCUGCCGCUGUGCUAGAUUCCGAUGACUGGGCUAUGGUGCGUAAUGGCGAGGUUGCGUGGACCCGACCUGAAGGACUCAGUGGCGCCAUUGCGGCCACAUGGGCUGAGAUCCCGGAGUCCGAGGACUUGGCCAAGACUCUCGAUGCUGAGGCUCACAGCAACCCCAUCGCGGCCUACAUCCACCGUGUAAAUCGGCACAUCAAUGACCUCCAGUAUCUCCCUGCCUUCCUCCAAUCCGUUCCUGGUCGUCUCUUGAGCACUAUCCUGGGCACCGACAUUCUAGGAGGCACCAGUACUGUUCUGUCUCGCGACACGUUUGGCUUCAAUAAACUGGUGGUCUUGGCCACUCAGCGUGGCAAGCUGUAUGGCCUUGAUGCCGGCAACCACGGCAGAAUCGUCUGGUCCAAGUCAGCCCGCGAGACACCAUCGACAAACCCCUGGAACGUCAAGGCAAUCCACGCUGAUGAUGCCAAGGGCUUUGUCACCAUCCGUGGCGCCGAUGGCGAGUACAUCAUCGUGCAUUCGGAUACGGGCAAGACCGUUGAAACCAUGGGUCCUGGCCUUUGGCCUCCCGUGGAAAGUGCCGUACUUGUUGACAGUGCCGCUGGGCCCUGGCUCCUGCCCAUCGGACUUGAGGGAAAGAUUGGUGAGGUGCCACUCCAAUUUGCUCCGAAGCAGAUUGUUGUUGUUCGAUCGGCUAUCAACGAACUGAAAGGAGUUACUUUCGAGCCUAAGGGCGAGCAGGCCGUCGAAAUUCCGGCUUGGAUUUAUACGACCAAAGCUACCCAGCGCAUCGUCGACGUGGCAACGAGAUCGAAACAUGAUCCCAUCGCAUCGAUCGGCCGCGUCCUCGGAGACCGAAGCGUCAAGUACAAGUAUCUGAACCCGAAUGCCAUCGUUGUCUCGGCUGUCGACGAUGCAGCAUCUACUCUGACUGUCUCCUUGCUCGACUCGGUUUCAGGCCAAGUCCUGACAUCAUCAACGUAUGAAGGAGUUGACACCAACCAGGAGAUUACAUGUGCAGUGGCAGAAAACUGGUUUGUGUGCACAUUUUUCGGCGAAUACACCCUUCGGGAGUCUCCCGCACAGCUUUUGAAGGGCCACCAGCUUGUUAUCUCUGAUCUAUACGAAUCGGAGCUCAGCGACGACCGUGGUCCACUAGGCAACUCUGCCAACUUCUCCUCCCUCGAGCCGAUCGAUCUCGCGUCCAGCCUCGUACUCCCAUCGGUUGUCUCGAAGACGUUCGUUCUGUCCGGUCCUAUCAGCGCAUUGGCCGUGACGCAGACGCGACAGGGCAUCACCACGCGCCAGCUUCUUGCCUACGCCCCUGAGCUCCAUUCAAUCAUUGGCAUCCCUCGCAUGAUCAUCGAGCCGCGCCGCAUGGUGGGCCGAGAUCCUACGCCCGCCGAAGCGGAAGAAGGUAUCACCAGGUACUCGCCGGCCGUCGAGUUGGACUCGAGAUUGAUGAUCACCCAUGAGCGUGAUAUCAUCGGCGUACAGGACAUCAUUACGGCCCCCGCCAUCCUCGAGAGUACUAGCUUAGUCUUCGCGUACGGCGUCGACAUUUUCGGAUCGAGAGUCACGCCGAGCAUGGCUUUCGAUGUCCUAGGAAAGGGCUUCAACAAGGUGACCCUGAUAGGCACCGUUGUCGCCUUGACUGCCGGUGUUCUCUUCCUUGGACCCAUGGUACGAUAUCUCCGCUUCUUCACAAAUUGA